CAGUGAACUUUGUCACAAAUUUAACCGAGCGCCACUGUGUGCACUUUCUCUGCGUCGCACCACUUAUUCCUUUGAGCGCUCUGCAAAAUGUACAUCUGCUUCACCGUCUUGGCCGGACUGGCUAUUUUAAUUUUUUCAUACAUCAGAGCGUUUUGCCCCUAUUUUGGUGAAGAUUGCUCGUACACACUAACGUCCAUUAAACUUGGCACCAGGCUAGCCAUAUACAAGAAAAUCAAACCCUUUUACAGCAUCUUGGACUGCUUCUUGGAUGCAGUGAAAAGGCACCCCAAUAAGAUCUUCGUGCACUUUGAAGGUCGCGCGUACACGUAUGGCGAAGUGGACAAACAGAGCAACAAGGUGGCCAGAGCGCUGCAGGCUGAAGCCCGGCUGAAGGAGGGCGACACGGUGGCCCUGUUCCUUGCGAACGAGCCCAGCUUCAUUUGGACCUGGCUCGGUCUGACGAAACUGGGCUGCCCGGCCGCCCUGCUUAACUUCAACAUCAGAUCCAAAUCUCUGUUGCACUGUUUCUCCUGCUGCGGGGCCAAAGUGAUCAUCGCCUCUUCAGAGCUGCAGGACGCUGUGGAAGAGGUCUUGCCGACACUGAGAGAGCAGGGUAUCAGCAUGUACCUCAUGUCGGAGAGCUGCAGCGUGCAGGGCAUCACCGCUUUGUCUGACAAGAUCUCCAAGGCCUCAGAUCAGCCACUGUCCUGGGACCUCAGGGCCAAUGUCAAUAUCAGGAGCACUGCUCUCUAUAUCUACACAUCUGGGACCACAGGUUUGCCUAAAGCAGCCAUUGUCACACAUGAGAGGGUGUGGGCCGCCUCCUUCCUCCAGGCAGUGUGUGGAAUCACAGCAGAGGACAUCUGCUAUAUCAAUCUGCCUCUCUAUCACAGCUCCGGCUUCUUGAUCGGGAUGACCGGAGCCAUCGAAAGAGGCAUAACCAUCGUUCUGAAGAGAAAGUUUUCUGCCUCUCAGUUCUGGGACGAUUGUAGGAAGUAUGACGUCACCGUGAUGCAGUACAUCGGUGAAACAUUGCGUUAUCUCUGCAACAUGCCCAAGAAAGACAAUGAGAAGAACCACAAAGUGAGAAUUGCCAUCGGCAAUGGUGUCCGAACUGACAUUUGGUCUGAGUUUCUUAAUCGCUUUGGGGACAUUAAAGUUAGAGAGUUGUACGCUGCCACAGAGGGAAACAUCGGCUUCAUCAACUACACGUCCAAGAUCGGUGCAGUCGGACGAGUCAACCUCGUGCACAGGUUUUUCUUCCCCUACACUUUGAUCAAGUUUGACAUUGAGAAGGAGGAACCCAUCAGGAACUCCCAGGGUCUGUGCAUCAAAGCAGACGUGGGUGAGACGGCACUUUUAGUGGGAAAGGUGACGAAGAGGUCUCCCUUUGUUGGCUACGCUGGUAAUGAACAACAGACGGAGAAGAAGAGGCUUCAUGACGUCCUGAAAAAAGGCGACCUGUACUUCAACACCGGCGAUUUGCUUCGGUUCGACAAAGACAAAUUUGUGUACUUUCAGGAUCGGGUCGGUGACACUUUCAGAUGGAAAGGAGAAAACGUCGCCACAUCGGAGGUUGCAGAUAUUCUCACGAUGUCUCGUUGCAUAUUAGAGGCAAAUGUUUACGGUGUUAAAGUUGAAGGUCAUGAGGGGCGCAUCGGCAUGGCAGCCAUCACUUUGGAAGAAGGACAAGAAUUCGACUGUUCGGACACUUACAAGCAGGUCGUCAAUUACCUCCCAGCUUACGCAAGACCCAGAUUCAUCAGGAUUCAGCCCUGCCUGGAGAUGACGGGAACCUACAAGAUGAAGAAAGUGAAGCUGGUGGAGGAGGGAUUCGACCCGGCUCACAUCAAAGAUCCUCUGUACUUCCUGGAUCCUGAGAAAAAGACUUAUGUGCCCUUGACGAAGGAGAUCUACAGAGCAAUCAUCUCAAAGGAAAUCAAACUCUAACGCAGAAACUAAAGCAGCCAAGAAAAAAAAAAAAAAUCAUGGACCUUAACAGAGACUGCUCUCAGGGACCGACUUUGAAACCUCACGUCACGUUUAAAGAGAUGUUUUUCAUCAUUAACACAGUUACCUUCACCUCUGCAGUUAUGCUGACACUACGGGAUACAGAUACAGUGUGUAUGUGCCAUUCUUUUUAAAAAAAAAAAAGUAUGUUUGGAGAGAUAAAUGCUAACAUUUACAUUUUACUGUAUGGGCUUUGUUUUUACAAUGGACUGAAUUUUUUAUUAAUCCAUUCAGGUCAGAUAUCACAGGCUGGAUACCCACCUGUUAGCAGCUAUCUGGUCUCUUUAUGUAGGCAUUUGUUACUGUGGACUAACUGGACUUAUCUGCAGUCACUGCUUUAUCUAUUAGUGACGCAUACUGUGACUUGACAGCUUUAUUGUGUAACACUGCCCUGUGUUAAUGUAGCUGUUGCCAUUGUGCUCUUCUAACCACAUUCCUGUGCAACAGAAGGAACCUCCAGGAUUGUGGGGUGAUUGACCUGCACAACCUUUGACAUAAAACAGACUGUCACAAGCUCAGUUGUGUAACAACUUGACAAACAUGCAGAAAUCAAUGAACUUUGCUAAGAUAUUUUAAACGUUAUCUCACACUGAACUUUGUCUUAAAAUACUCCUCCCCUUUUGGUUUUUGAACUUAAAGGUUGGGUACCUUCAGUCAGGUGCAAAGCCACUGAGCUACUAUGGAGUGAAUCUUAUGACAGUGUGAUUUAUGUAUGAAAAAUAAAUAAGAGUUUGCCGA